AUGGUGUAUUUCUAUUUUGUUUCAUCUGUUAAAAACCCUAAUUGUAUUUGCUUCUUGACGAUCACUGUGAAUAAAACCCAUUCGCUGACUAGGUUGAGGAAAUGUAGCUUCUUUGAAUGGAAAGAUGACGAACAGACAGACGGGUACUACAAAAACCUGUUAUACUCUCUGAAGCAUAAACUAGAUGCCAAAGAUGAACUGUCUGAGAUGAACAAAUUGAGGAGAAGGAUUGCUGAAGUGGAGUUUCUGCUGUCACAGGAGCAGUAUAAGGUGGCAAAGAGUGAGAAAGAAGUUCAUGAUGGAAGGAAGGCAAUAGGCAGGUACAGGAUGAUAGUUUCCCUGUUGUUUGCUUGA